AUGGCUCCAACGAAUGUGGACUAUUCACUAUAUCUAGUGACAGAUUCUACAGCUGCUAUUCUCGGAGACCGAGAUCUUGUAGAAGUAGUACAGGCUGCUGUCGAGGGUGGUGUGACCCUGGUCCAGUAUAGAGACAAAGUCAGUGACACAGCUGUCCUGGUCUCCACUGCCAAAAGACUGCACGCCGUGACACAAAAACACAAGAUUCCUCUGUUGAUCAAUGACCGGGUUGAUGUCGCAUUGGCCGUUGGCUGUGAGGGUGUCCAUAUUGGCCAAGAUGAUCUUGACCUUCCAAGUGCGAGGAAACUGUUAGGGAGAGACGCAAUCAUUGGCGUGACUGUGUCCAGUGUUGAAGAAGCACAAAAGGCUUGUAAAGAUGGUGCAGAUUAUCUCGGCGUGGGCACUAUGUUUGCAACAGCAACUAAAAGAAACACCAAAGGUAUAAUCGGUACAGCUGGAACAAAAAAGAUCCUGCAGGCCAUUGCCGACACGGGUCGUGAUGUUCGCACUGUAUCCAUAGGAGGCAUAAACGCCUCUACAGUCCAGCGCGUCUUAUUCCAAUCUUCCCAUCCCAAGAAGAAGCUGGACGGCGUAGCAAUCGUCAGCGCAGUCAUAGCAGCGCGCGACCCAAAACAAGCAGCCAAAGACCUUCUAUCGCUUGUCAAAUCACCACCUCCCUUCGCAGCCGCCUCGCUAGCCAACACGCAAAAAGCAACAGACAUAGGCACACUCCUCGAGAAAGCCCCAACGAUCAUCAGGGAGGUUGGCUCCAAAACCCCCCUCUCCCACAACAUGACCAAUCUCGUCGUGCAAAACUUCGCCGCAAACGUCGCUCUAGCCGUCGGCGGCUCCCCCAUCAUGGCAAACUACGGCGAGGAAGCAAGCGAUCUGUGCAAGCUCCGCGGAGCGCUAGUCAUCAACAUGGGCACGGUGACACCAGAGGGAUUGCAAAACUACGCGCUGGCGCUAAAGGCGUAUAAUAUAGAGGGGGGGCCUGUGGUCCUUGAUCCGGUCGGGGGAGGCGCUACGGCUAUCAGGAGGGCUGCCGUAAAGACCCUACUGGCAGCGGGGUAUUUCGAUGUCAUCAAGGGCAACGAAGGGGAGAUAAAAACAGUCUUCGGAGCAGUAGUACAGCAAAAGGGCGUAGAUAGCGGUGCCAGCACCCUCAGCGAUCUAGAGAAAGCAACCUUGGUCCGCGACCUCGCGGCACGCGAAAGGAACGUGGUGGUCAUGACUGGCGCGACGGAUUUCGUCAGUGACGGCCUGCGAACCUACGCCAUCAAGAACGGGCAUGAGCUGCUGGGCCGCAUCACGGGCAGUGGUUGUGUGCUGGGGACUACGAUAUCAUUGAUGCUAGCUGUGUGUCGCGAGGACAAACUCCUAGCUGCGGUAGCUGGGCUGCUGCAUUAUGAGAUUGCGGCCGAGAUAGCUGCGGAGAGAGAAGACGUCAAGGGGCCGGGGACAUUUGUACCAGCUUUGAUUGAUGAGCUGUAUAACGUGCAGAAAAGUACAAGCGGGGGAGAUAUCUGGUGGUUGAAGAGAGCCAAAGUCGAAGCAGUAGAUAUAUAA